CCUGCCUCUGCCGACCGGGAGGUCGGCCGCACAGGCGCAGUAUCUUCUAGUUGUAGACGCGGCUUCUUGGCGCGGCUUGUAAAUAACAGAUGCGGGUGAAAGAACCUUCCCAAGCUUUGCCUGAGAAAGCCAAAAGGAGUAAAAGACCUGCUAUACCUCGUGAUGAGGACUCUUCAGACGACAUUGCUGUAGGUUUCACUUGCCAGCAUGUAAGUCAUGCUAUUAGUGUGAAUCAUGUGAAGAAAGCAAUAGCUGAGAAUGUGUGGUCAGUUUGCUCAGACUGUUUAAAGGAAAGAAGAUUCUGUGAUGGGCAGCCAGUACUUCCCUCUGACAUAUGGUUGUGCCUCAAGUGUGGUUUUCAGGGAUGUGGUAGAAACUCAGAAAGCCAUCAUUCACUGAAGCACUACAAGAGUUUGAGAACAGAAUCUCAUUGUGUUACAAUUAGUCUGAGCACAUGGAUUAUAUGGUGUUAUGAAUGUGAUGAAAAAUUAUCAACACAGUGUAAUAAGAGGGUUUUGGCCCAAACAGUUGAUUUUCUCCAGAAGCAUGUUUCUAAAACACAAACAAGUGCAUUUUCUAGAAUCCUUAAACUUUGUGAGGAAAAAUGUGAAACAGGUGAAAAAAAGAAAGGAAGAAAAGGCAGCAGUGUACCGUCUGUGAAAGGAAUUUCAAAUUUAGGAAAUACUUGCUUCUUUAAUGCAGUCAUGCAGAACUUGGCACAAUCUUACAUUCUUAUGGAACUGAUGAAUGAGAACAAAGAAAAUGGGACAAAACUCAAGAUUUUUCCUUCCCCAGACACUCGGCUGGACCCACUAACAGUGGAACUUUCAAGCCCUGGACCAUUGACCUCAGCCUUGUUGGUGUUUCUUCACAGCAUGAAGGAGACUGAAAAAGGACCACUUUCUCCUAAAGUUCUUUUUAAUCAGCUUUGUCAGAAGGCCCCCCGAUUUAAAAGUUUCCAGCAAGAGGACAGUCAGGAGCUUCUGCAUUAUCUGCUGGAUGCAGUGAGGACAGAAGAAACAAAGAGAAUACAAGCUAGCAUUCUAAAAGCAUUUAACAACCCGACUACUAAAACUGCUGAUGAUGAUACUAGAAAAAAAGUCAAAGCAUAUGGAAGAGAAGGUGUGAAAAUGAACUUCAUAGAUCGGAUCUUUAUUGGUGAAUUAACUAGCACAGUCAUGUGUGAAGAAUGUGCAAAUAUCUCCUCAGUGAACGAUCCCUUUAUUGAUAUUUCACUUCCUAUAAUAGAAGAAAGGGUUUCAAAACCAGUACUUUUGGGAAGAAUGAGUAAAUAUAGAAGUUUGCAGGCGACAGAUAAUGAUCAGUACAGUGAGACUGUUACUAUAGAAAAUACUUCUGAACCCAGAGCCACCAAGAAUCAGUCUUCAUCUAAAGAUAAGAAUCAACUAGUUCAUGGCAGAAAAUGUGUAAGAAAAUUGUCAUCUGGAGAAGAUAGAGCAGUCAUCAUAUGCCAGAAAAAUGAGCACCUUGAGAUGAACGGGGAUUCUUCAGCAUUUGCAAGCAUCACAAAUACUGAGUCGGCUCUGACUGAAAGCCCCACCGAUGGCAGUGAGAAAGAGGCCGGCCGUUCUGAAAGUAGUGCUGAUGCGGAUGGCGAGGCUUCAGAAUCCGAAAGUGCUUUUGAGCAGGCUGUAUUGUUGAGGUCUAGCCGUGGAUGCUGUGUGUGCCCGCAUGCCCCCUCUCCCCAGGUGCCGGCAGCUGGCCCACCCACCAGGGAGCCUGGCACUGGUGACAAGGGAGUGGCUGAAGCUAUUUCUGAACUUCAUCUGAGCAGCCCUGUAACUGGAGAUAGACAUUUUGAUAGAGAAAAUAAGCCACCAAGUGUUCCAAAUAGUUUAUGUUCUUCAGAGGAGAAGCAUAUGCUGUGUCCUCACCCCCAAAAUGCUUUUCAGACACUUUCUCAGAGCUAUGUAACUACUUCUAAAGAAUGCUCACUUCAGUCCUGUCUCUACCAGUUUACAUCUAUGGAAUUACUAAUGGGGAAUAACAAGCUUCUGUGUGAGAAUUGUGCUGAAAAGAAGCAGAGGUACCAAAAGGAAACCGGUUCCCCAGAAAAGAAAGCAGAAGGGGUUUAUACUAAUGCCAGGAAGCAAUUGCUCAUUUCUGCUGUUCCAGCUAUCCUAAUUCUCCAUCUUAAAAGAUUCCAUCAGGCUGGCUUGAGUCUUCGAAAAGUAAACAGACAUGUAGAUUUUCCACUUAUACUUGAUUUAGCACCAUUCUGUUCUGCUACUUGUAAGAAUGUAAAUGUGGGAGAUAAAGUUCUCUUUGGUCUCUAUGGCGUAGUGGAACAUAGUGGCUCAAUGAGGGGAGGUCACUACACGGCUUAUGUGAAAGUGAGAACACCCUCCAGGAAAUUAUUGGAGCAUAUCACUGGAAAGACAUAUGUACCUGGUUUGAAAGAACCUGACAGUGAAUCGACAGGCCAGUGGGUCCAUGUUAGUGACACUUACGUGCAGGUGGUUCCAGAAUCAAGAGCACUUAGUGCACAAGCUUACCUUCUUUUCUAUGAAAGAAUAUUAUAAUUGUCUGUUAAUAAUUAGUGAUAAUGAUGAUUUAGAUCGCUUUUGUUUAAAUGCUGCAACAAAAACCAUAAUAUGUAAUGUGCCUUUGUAAUCUUUUCUCUUCUGUAGGAAUAGCAUGUCCCUCAAAUGCCCCUGAAGAUUUUUACCAUUUUGGUGAAUCCUUUUAAAGUAAAUUAAAUUUACUCAGUGCUUUCAAAUUUAUAUUCUUAAAAUAAAUGUAAACACAUGUUUUUAAGGAAAAUUUGUCCUAGAAAAAAAAAACAGAAUUUGCAGCAGUAGAGGAAACCCCCCCUUAUAAUAUGGCUUAUUACCAUGAGCAUUCAGAAAUGAUGCUGGCUAAUGAAAUUGUUUCUUAAAACAGGGUUUACCAAAUGUGAGUUGCAUACCACCUUUCUGAUUUUAUAUAUAUAUAUACAUAAUCCUGUGCCAUUGUUUAAUUAUUUUUAACCUUAGUUUUCAGCCUUACCUUUUUAAACGUAGCCUUGUUUUGAGCAUAUUCCACAUUUUAUGUACUAGUUAUAUUAUUUCUAAUAAACAUUAAAAUAAAUCUAUAACUAUUAGAGAAAAAUUGUUCAUCCAUGUAGCACUCCACUUAAAAUCAUCUCAGGGCUGUCCAGUGGUGUACCUAUACCACUGUGUUAGAAACAUUGGUUUAACAUAUACUUACACAGUGACCUCAUCAUAUUUUGUGUGAUUCAACCAUAUAAAAAGAUACCACUGUAGCUUCAGUAAUAGGGUUCUACAAAUAAUUUAUUGAUUAGCUUAUUGCUUUGAGGUUUUGAGAACUAGAAAAAUAAUGAAAUAUAUCAUUAACAUUAUUUGCAGCCUAUUCAUGGUGGCGUUGAGGAUAAUUUGCAUGUAAUCAACCAGGGUCAAAAUAUAAUUGUUGAUAAUUGUAAAAUGCAGAAUUGGUAAAUAGAAGUUGUUAAUCCAUAUGGGACCAUUGGAUACUUUUAAUAUAAAUUACCAAAUUAUAUUUGUAAGCGACAGAGAAUUAUAUUCUUAUUAUACUAGACAGGGAAAUAUAAUUUUCUAGUUCUGUAGGUCAGUAAACAUUAAUCGUGGUUUUGGGGUUUGAGAUCACUUUUUUUUGUCAUCAACAAGCAUCAUUAAUAAGUUCAAGUGGGUUUAGCUUGUAUUUUAAUGAGGUGUAAAGUUGGCAUUUCAGAUUUUAAAUAAAUAAUAGCAAAAAUAUGGUAGUUUACAGCCCCCCUUCCAGAAUACAAAUUAUUAAGCUGUCAAAACUUGGCAUGAAAAUAUUACUAUUACUUAGGCUUAAAAUUUAAAAAAAUAAUGGGUACUUGGGUCUGACAUUACUGAAUCAAAACACAUACGUGCAUGGUUCAAGCAUCCUAAUCAUUAGUGCCAACACAUCAUACUACGAGCAGCUACUGGCUAAGUGCCUAGUUCCCGUUCAUUUUCCUCUUGGGAAGGAAGGAUAAGAAUAGGGCCUAUAGAUAUUGUGUGGAAGUAUUUAACCAAGCCUCUAACCCUUCUUAACAUUUAAGGUUGUAUGACAUUGUCAAGUUUACCAGUGCUGCCUUUUGAUCUGUGGAUGAGAGGAAUUGUGAUUAUCAGUGUUAAAGAUGGUAAUAAUAUUUAAAACUCAGAGCUUAAAAAUGUCAUUGCACAAAUUCUAUUUUUAAGUUAUUGAAAUUUGAAAUAAUAGUGUUUUCUUGAUUUUAAUGUGAAAUGAUGGAGAAAUAUAUCUUUAUAAAUUAAUCUGCAAACUCAGGUUGUGUCCUAUGAAAAGUAGUUUAAACUGUUUAAACAGUGUUUUAUGUUUAUUUGUAAUCCAUUAACAUUGAAGUUUUCAGUACCAGAGCAGUGAAUUUUUUUUUUGGAAAGUAUUAGUUAAAUCUCUUUAUUCAUGUUAGCCACAUUGGUAAUGGCAAUUACCGUCCUUUCCCCAAAUGUAAAUAUUAAGUCACCUCAUUUUUCUCCUAAAAAAGAUGCCAUUAUGAGGUGCAUAUUUUUCAUUGAGUGGUCACUUGCUUCUUGUUUCAUUGAUAGAUGAACAAGAAAAACAAGAAAAAGAGUGAGAGAAAGAAGGAAAGAAAGGGAAAGGAAGAAAAAAGGAUAGGAAAGAAACAAGAGCAUUCUUUUCUGUUGCCCCUCGGCUUUAUCCCUUACACAGCUAAAGUGAGAGAUGGCGAGAUAGGUGAGGGCAGGAAUCCAGGGAAGUGCCUAGUCCUCUUUUCAUUAAUAGGAUGUCAGGAAACGUGCCAGUGCUGUAUUUACCAAAGAGACCUUUUGAGCUUUAUUUUGAGUGCCAGUUAGGACUGAUUUUUCAUUGAGUGAUACAUUGUAGCUUUAGAACAUUACCUCUGUACUCAAGUACUGCACUAGUUUUUAUGCUUAACAUUUAUUCAGUAAGUAUAUAUUUUUUGAACACCUGUUACGGGUCAGGCACUGUGCUGACACUCUUUUAACAUGUUUUAAAAUGGAGAGGCCUAUAUAUGUUUUAGACAUUAUUCCAGAAGUAACAUACAAAGAGAUACUUUAUUUUCAUUUCAUGGUAAAAGAGCAAAGUCUGAAAUCUAUUUUUUUAUGGCCUACAGUUUAUGAAUAUUUUUUAGGGUCUGCUGGUAAUGGAAUAAAUUUGAUUUUGAUACCUAAGAAUUUCCUAAAGAUAGACUUGUAAUAGGGAAAGUAUGUUAAGUUACACAUGGGCCUACACUUAAUUUUUUGUUUUUAUUAACAUUUUGAAAAGCAUAUUUGCAGGGGUACUAAAUUGUGAAGCUGCUAUAAUAACAAUAGUUUCAGAUGACCUCAGGAAACUAUAUAAAUAAGUGAGAAAUGUUUACAGAUUCUCGAAACAACUACCAUAGCGCUUGGCCAAAUGAGUUUAAGAAGUAGAACAGAAGUUUCACUAGCUAUUUAGAAACUGGUUUACAGGGUGUCUAAUCCCAGUUUCCUCUGGUUUUUCCUAUUUAAAAUGAUAAAAUUGUGAUUAUGUGUCAAUUAUAGGAAUAUUUUUGUCAUAACCAAAUAUAUGUCUGUAUUUAAGAUUUUGUUAUUUAGUGUUUUUAAAACAGAUGUGAAAACCACCUUUUUGGGUGGCAAGGCAAGUGGUAGUUGGUGUCAAUUCUAAGAGUAGUGGAUUCCUGUUUUCUUAUUUUAAAUGCUCCAACAGAGCUAUUUUACUAUAUAUGAUAGCUCUUAGCUCGUAUGUGUGAUGAUUUUAGUGAUUUUAUACAAUAGCUGAAUAAAAUUUUCUGAAGAUUAAGCUGUUAAAUGUAUCACUUUCACCCAAUUUUUGUAGUACAAAAUAACAUUCUGCCUUUUCCUAAAUUCAUAUUCAUAAUUUGCAUGUUACCUGAUCAAAUAAGCCUAAAUCAAAUAUGUUAUGUGCAAUAAAAUUGAACCUUUAUAUAUUAUCCAGUGCAUUAAGAAAGAUGAUUUUUAGAUAUUUAAAAUGUUUUGGUUC